UAUGACUCCGAAAUGAAUCGUUAAACGAGCUGACUCCUAAUAGCGACUCAUUCACUCUGAGUUGACUCACUAAAAAGAGUUGUUAUUCUCAUCUCUGCACGGCAGGACCGGGAAUCAAAUUCCAUCCGGACCGUCCCCCGAAGCAAGGGCCUACUAUUCGGCUACGCAGUAAAAAUAAGUCUAGUAAGCCAGAAAUGGUCGACGUGACCUUAGAGGCCGUUAAAGCCUACAAGAGAGAGACAGAGAGAGAAAGAGAGAGAAAGAGAGAGAGAGAGAGAGAGUGAUUUCGUAUAACUAUUAGGGUCAUGGUCGUAGCUAAACUUACGCAAAAUCAUUAAUCUUUUCCAGAUUUGUGCAUCCUUAGAGAUUAAUAAAUUCUUUGUCAGUCAUAUAUCGUUUGAUAGUUGGCCUGUGAUUCAAAUGACUUUUCUCAAAGAAUUCCUUAAGUACCACAGUAUACUUAACCUGCCAACAUGUGGAAUGUAAAGGGGGAAUGCUCGCGUGUCGCUCCGGAAGAAAUCCUUGAAAUAAUCCUUGGUAAUAUAACUGCUUCCUUCAACAAACGCGUUCGAUUGCACAGUGUAGGUAAGCUGCAGGCACUUUGUACCGGUUUAAAAGCACCAUAAAACAAUUCUUUCACCCGGCUUCGAUUGCUUCUCAUUAUCACGCGCCUUCCACUUCAGAUGGCAAUGGGCAGGAAGUUGUAAAGUUGUCCAAACAAAGUUGGCAAUGAAGGGGAAAGUAUGCGCUAGAAACAAAACAACAUCAAAAAAAAUCGCGCCCUUUUGCAUGUCUGCCUUCAACCGUCAGCUUUCGCAUUGUCCUAGGACAUCGUUGCGUGUCCUUCCCAUCUGCGCCUAGUUGCUUGUUAUCCGCUCAACUCCCGGCCAGUGCUGGGUACGUUUCAUCCCUCCACCCCCGGACAACUUAACAGAGCAGCAGGAAGAAACAGGCAGCAACCUCGACAUUUAUAAUCAGAAAACCCCUUUUUCCUCGUGGCGCAUAGUGUUUUCCACCGUACGUUGUGCCGUUGUGCGUCUGUAUAAAACGGCAAAAGCUCACCAAUGUUGGAUCGAAGUUUGCGCUUGAAACUGUAGCAUGCAGGAAUAAUGGGGUUGGUAGUAGGGGGCGGGUAGAGGUUACUGCUGCUGUUUGUUUGCGAAACAAAACAAAAAAAGCACAUGCCAAACCAUCUUUUUACCGUUUUCCACUAAACACCACGUGGGUUUGUUUUAUGUUUUUUUCCAGUUCUUGUUAUUUGGUUGAUUUGUGUUUUUUUCAUUCUUUCUUUACUUUCCUUUCCUAAGUGCCUGAUAGUAGGCAAAUCGCAAAGCUUUAAGCGCUAUAAAACAAAAACAAACAACGAAAUAGGAUGGGUGCAACAAGCGGUGGGUGAUGGAACAGUGGAAGGGGACAGGGGGUAGAGGAGGUUAGGACGUACAGCAAAGCAUUAACCGAGCAGAGCUGCAAAAUGCGGAACAGUGUAAAGAACAGUUGGGCUAAGCUGAAGCUACCGUUUUACGGUAGGGACUGCUGAACGGCCAGUUUUCCACCGACGCUGGGUGCGAUCGGUACAGUCAAAAGCUCCACAGACUAGAAAGGAUACCGUUCAGUGCAAUCCUUGUGCUGUGCUGUUUAGUCCGCGUGUGGGUAUGUGUGUGUACCACUCGCUUUUCUGUAUUGAGGAAGGUGUGAAGCAAUUGCAGACAGGUUUGAAAAGCAGCGUGGGUGAAUAGGUUUGAAAGGGAAACAAUACAGCCCUGUCAGUGUGAUUUGUAACGCAUUUAGGUUUCGCUUGUUUCGUGUCACAGAUAAUUGGCACAGUGUGUCAGUGGAAUCAUAGAGUGUGUGUGUGUGUGUGUGUGGGGGUUGUCUUUUUAUUGCCCCCCCUUUGAUCCCACAGCAGAGAUCUGAUAGUUGACGAUACGUGAAAAAAAAAGAACGAACGAAGGUAAACCAUGUGCACCUUGGUGUUGCAGCGCUGGCAUACCGUCCAGUGAGAGAUUUGUUGUGGACACCUGCCCCCGAACUAGCGUAUGGGCUCGUGCAACCCAUCCGAUCAUCCGAUCUUCUGGUGUGACGAGCUGAAGCGUUUGGAGCGUAAGCGCAUCGCCGAUGAGAGCCUGCGGGACUGGAAAAACCGGAAGCUGAUCGAGCGGCGAUCCCGUGCGAAGGAGCAAGCCCAUUUUCCCCUCUUCCAGUACCGGGAAGUGAUGGAGCGUUACUCACCGUGGGGACGUAAAGGGGGCGGUGCACCGAACGAUACGAUUCGCAUGCGUAACAUACAGCUGCAGGGUUUGUAUCCGGAGACCAAGAAUGAUCUGCGUAAUCCGGUGUCGGUGGGACGUACGAGAGGUGUCGGUGCGGGCGGUGGUGGAGCACCAAUCCGCAGUGCUUCCGGGCAGAUUGUGACCGGGUUGACAGACGAUCCGAUCAUCAGCUUCAACGAUGCUAACCGGUACCACGUGGAUAACGAGCUGCGGUACAAGACGUCACCGGCUCAGAAGCAAACGUACCGGGCAGAGCUGGACCGGAUCGUGGCGGAGAAGGAAAACCGGGCACGCAAAACGCGUAGCUCCGAGCUGGCCGAGUAUCAGUCGCAGCCGGGUGGUGGGACGACACGGCCGAACGGUGGCCCCUGGGGGAAACCGGGCCCGGGUGGGAAACCGUGGCGUCCGCCCAAGAAUGUCGGCCACAACUUCAUGAAGUCGAUGGGCUGGACGAACAAGGAGACGCUGCAGGAUCUUGACCUGGAGCUGGUGAACAGGAUGCAGCGCCAGCUGGAGGAGGAGAAUCGCUUCCUGAAGCGCUUCUCCAACUGCUGCUCACGGUGCGUCUGUCAGUGCAUCAGCAACAGCCUGGAGCAGGCGCCGGCGCCAGCCCUGGGUGGAAGUGCGGGUGCGGGCCGGGAUGCGAUCAAGUAUCACCCAUCACCACCUGCUACUGCGCCGGGUUUACAGCCACCGGCUCUGCCACCACCAGCAACCGUGUCCGAUCGACGUGUACCAAGGCUCUGCAAUCAAAGUCAGCAACAGCAGCAGCAGCAACAGCAGCAGCAUCAACAACAGCAGCAACAACCACAGGCAGGGGCGGGGGGUGGGCGGCGCAAUGGCGGGCGGGUUCCGCCGACGCGCAACUGUAUGAUAACGGGUGGUGUCGAGCUGGUGCCACUGCUCGCCAAACGGCGCUCCCAACCGCGUCCCAUCAGCCUCGGCACAACAGACGUCACCAAGAUCGAUAAGUACACCGCAAACGGCAGUUUGGCCCGGCGCAACGACGACGGCUACCUGACCGACCUGUGCAAUCAGAUGAACCAGAAGCAGCGCAAGGUGGAAACGGUGCGGGCGAUGGAGUUUGAGACGAGCCGGCAGCACUUCGAGACGUGGAGCUCCUUCUGGGGCCGGCCGGGCCACGGUGCACCACUGCCGAACAAGAACAAGCUCAACCUGGACAAUCUGCUUUACAAAUCACGCCGCUAAAGCAGAACCUGUACCAUGCCAGCUUACCAGAUUAUAUGACGAACAUACCUGCAACACCUGUACGUUGGUGGCAACAGUAGAUGCGGUCACACACUGCAUAACUCAAGUCAGUAGUCAGUGCAGGAAAUCGGCCUGACGCAAUGCGAUUGUUGAGUACUUCAUUCGAGAUAGAUGAUAGAAACAGGUGUUCUACAAGCAAGUGCGCACAAUAUUGUUGGGUCUGUAUUUACCUGCUCCUACACAGACUACAGAGACGUACAUGACACGAUAUGAGGCAGUAACGUAAUUGAGAUGGACAAUUUUCUUCACUUGCCGAUCGAACGCAAGUGAGUGCAAAGUUGCUUCGCUUUCACCCCCCGAAAAGGACGAGAAAAACAAACGAUAUGAGAGAAUAAGAGAAAGAAAGACAAUUAAUAUAACACGCUCCAUCCUUUUGAUCGUUAUCUCCAUCGCAUUGUAUAUAUAGUACAACGGAUCAGUGAGUCAGUGAUGAAAGGGAAAGCUAGUGUAGGUGCUAGCGGCGAGGAGUAGACAACAUCCAUAGACACAAACACACGCUCAUAGCGAAACAAACAUCGAACUACUAUGCUAAAGGUGUUCGAAAUGUCGCGUAUUAGUAGUAAACGCACAUACUAACGACUACGAUGCGGAUGACAGUUGCGGUACGUAAAAGGCAACAUUAAAUAUGGUGAUUCUGUUUUUAGUGCAACGUUAGAGAGUAGAUUGUUGUUAGUUUAUUGACAGCGGUAGUUUAUCGGGAAAGAAUGUUACGUUUCUAGUUAUUUUUCCUUCAACUGUUUCGCUAUUAAAAAGCUUUAAAACAAAAAGUGUGUAUGAUCGUACAACGAUAGGAAUGCUCUUGUUAAAACAAAGCAUACAGCACACAUGCAAGCACUGGCAAGAGGAUUAAAGAGAUUAUAAAUAUAUAUACAGAGAAAUGCUAUCGUGUUCGCGCAUUUAUGUAAAUGUAUCAACGAAAAUGUGUCCAUUCCAUUGCUAGGGGAAAUACAAAAAUUGUUAGUACAGUUCCCGAAUUUGUUAGUACCGAUCGUUCCGCUCACGAACAAGCUUCCACUUCCAAGUGAACAUACAUAAGCGCCUGAUAAUAAACAGCCAAGCGUGAGGAGUUACCCGUGCUUGUACGAAGGGGGUUACAGGUUA